UGCAAAGUUGUAGGACGGACGCUUCCCGCCAGUGUGUCUUGGUCGUCGGCCAAGCGCGCGCGCAGUCGAAUUUGUUCCGCUACUUUUACUUCAACUUUUAAAGUAAGCCGCGUGACUUGUUUGUGAUUUUGUCAGUGAUUUUCCAUAAAUAACUGAAACAUGCCUGACCAGGAAGUGGAGAACAACCGAGACCUCGUCAACAUCAAGAAUUGGCUUUGUAAGCAACCACACUUGCCGCAUGAUGUUGACGAGCUGCUCCUCCGGCGGUUCCUGGCGAGCUGCGGCCACAGCCUGGAGCGCACCAAGCGCACCAUCGACCUGUUCUUCACCAUCAGGUCCAACGCGCCUGAGGUGUUCUUCAAACGGGAUCCAUGGUCGCCAGAGAUACAGCGAGUAUUUCAAAUCACCGAUCUGAUCCCGCUUCCAAAGAAGACGAAAGAGAACUACAAAGUAUUCAUCUACCGGCUGAACAACCCUGACCUGGACAUGUUCAACUUCAUAGACGCUGUGAAGACAUUCUUCAUGCUGGCAGACACCAGGCUGACGGAGGAAGAGGAUGUGCCGGCUGGAGAAAUACCGAUUUUCGAUUCCUCUAAUGUUUCGCUGAAGUUUAUCUCGAAGAUCAACCUAUCGGUUUUGAGGAAAUACAUGCUGUAUACGCAGGAAGCCAUACCUAUAAGACUGAAGCAAGUGCACGUGAUCAACGCGCCAGCAUACAUCAGCAAGAUCCACGCCAUCUGCAAACCCUUCAUCAAGGCAGAAGUCGCUAAACUGAUAAAGUUCCACGAACCGAAUACGGACACCCUGUAUAAAGACAUCCCCCAGGACCUCUUGCCAGAAGAGUACGGUGGCAAGGCUGGCUCUAUCGAUCAGCUCAAAAAAUACUGGAUCAAACGCAUUGAGGCCAAGAGGGAGUGGUUCCUAACACACGACCAGCGCUGGGUGGUGGACGAGUCGCUCCGGCCGAGCAGCUGCCAGGACGAACGCGCUGAUAAAGUCCGCGACUGCCCCGGCUCUUUCCGCUCGCUCGCUCUUGAUUAAGCAAUUGUAAUACCUGCUGUCUAGUAUUAAUGAUACGAUGAGCAUAGGUGGCAUUAUAACUUCAUUUUUACAGAGUUUGUCACAAUACUUUUAAGUGUGUACGUAAAAUGAACGAAAAUGACGAGUCUGAAACACAAUCGUUUGAUCCAUGGGUUCAUCCACUUUUUCACCCACUAUCCCUUAGCCCGAAGAACGUUUCGCCUAAUAACGUUUUUUUUUUUGCCCGCUGAAUUUAAAAAAAAAAAUUAAAAAAAAAUGUAUUUAUUGCCUUCGAACCAUUAGACAGGUACAGGUAGUUAGACUUACAACUAUAAUAAUAUGAAGUACACCGAAGGCAAUUGGACCUGGCUCAGUCUACGUUGUAAGGAGAGAUCUUUGCAACACUGGUUUUUUAUCGUUUAGCCCAAAAAUUCUUUGGAUGAACCUUUCAUGGAUCAAACGAUUGUGGACGAACAAUUUCAGACUCGGAAACGACGAAUGAAUCUGUGAGAAAAUAUUACGUUUUUUGUAAGAUUGCCAUUUUAUAUUGGCGCGUAAGUAGUAUAAAAGUCACAUCACCACUUUGUAGGUGUACAUAAUCAAGAGGUGAGCCAAUGUAAUUUUUAUCAAUAAUUAUAAUAUAAAUGUAGUUAGGUAUCUCGUUACAGACAUAAAGAUUCAUUACUGUUACCAAAUUGUUAACGAAAUAUUUAGGAUUUUGAUGAAUGUAUUUUAAAAGGAUGUUAAGUUAAAGGUUAUUUAGUAGGGCUUAAUAAUUAUUUUGAACCCUAUUAAAUUUUAAUUAUCGAUUAUAAAUCUAAGUUUUUAUGUAAAAAAAUUAAAUUUCCCUUUAUAAAAACUGUCCUACUUAUUUCAGAUUAAACAUAUG